AUGACUUUGCUUUCAUGGAUCCCCCUCGACCUGUGGACGCUGGUGGAGCAUGCGUGGGGCAGGGCCCAGUUGGGGGCAGCCCUUGCAGCUGAAAUCAUGCAGACCCUGCCGGGGUGCAGUCCGAUGGAUUUGCUGAUGGAUCGGAUGUGGGUGUGGAACAGAGAAAAGCGGAAGGCUCUGGGGUCAGCGUGGUUUUGGGGGCUGGGGGAAGUCGGAAGUAAGGUUUUGGGGUGCAAGUUCAGAGAUGGAGGAACAGUUGGGCAGAGGCGUGGACACAGGCGUGUGGAGCAGGGGCCAGGGCUGGAGGUGGGCAUUGAGUUUUGUGCUGGGGGCAGCCCGGGAGCUUUACUGGGCCUGUGUCCGCGGCGCAGCCCCGCUCCGCCCUGCGGUGCCCACCAGGAGGCUUUGCCGGGGCGGCCAGGACCCCUGAGGGCACGAACACCGCAGACUCGCGGCGCUGGCCCUGCCCAGUCCUGCCAGCCCUGCCCUGGCACGGCCCCUUCUUCCGGGGCAGCUUCCGGGCCGACCACCCACCCAGAGGCAGAGCCCCCCGCCUGGAGGCCCCGGGCCGAGGCUCUUCCUGGACGCAGCGCACAGCGUGGCGGUGCCGCCCACCCAGCCCUACAGCCCCACCGCGCCCCCUGCCUCGGGCGGGUGCAGCCUCCAGGUCCUGCCCGUUUCUCGGGGUCUCUCCCAGGGCUCCGGGUCCGCCUCACUGAGAGCCCAAGACGGGGGCCGCCACCGCCUCAGCGACCCCCACCCCUCCCCGCCCCGGGGACCCCGCCCCGCGCGGCGCCCGCAUCCACACGUCCCGGGCCCGGCGCCCCCGGGCAGCCUCCUGGCUGUGUAAAGUUCCUGAGGAAAUGGACAGAGUGGUGGGCUGUGACCAAAGCCCCCAGAUGA